CUACCUCGUUAGUAUUACUUUCCUACUUCGUAUUACAACUAUCAACUGUCCUUUACCUUUUUCCCGAGUCAAAAUCGAUGACUCGAAUCCCGACCCCUUCCUUAACCUCCUUUGCAUCAAUGAUCUAUUUGGUUUCCCUCUCUUCCAGCAUUCACUACGGCGUCAUCGCUCCUUUACCCCCAUUAUCAUCCACAACUUCAUCCAUGAUCGAUCGAAUACCGACAUAACGCAACUCGGCGCAAUCCGCCCCCCCGGUCUUUCUUAUCCCUUGCGAUCCCGCAUCUUGCAACAUGACCGGCACAUCGGUGAUAGCAAUGCCCUACCAGAAAGGGAAAGGCGAAGCUGCCCUCAGUGACUUUGCCGAGUACGUCGAGAAACAGCAGUACCUCCGCUUCCCCAAUACACAACCCUCCGCCGCGGGCAACACGACGACAGCAGCCCCCGCGUCCCAGUCCCAGUCCCAGGAACACCAACAUGCCGAGCUAGACGAACUAUUCGACACUCUCGACCUCGCAGACGCAACAACCCCCGGUAUACGGUUAAAAGAUCUACUUCUGGGACCCGACGAUGGCAUCACGGGCAAGCAGCUGAGCGACCACCUGGCCGACAGGUUAGGCGAGGGACAUGGCGAGACGGUUUUCGAACUCGGCUUCGAGAACAACGGCGACUCGAUGGGGUUGAAUCCGGACCAGUGGAACACGGCGUAUAAGAGGUUACAGGACGCCGCGCGCCUCGCCGGCGCGGAUUGCCAGCUGCUAGUGACCAGGAACGUAGGUGGCGACGUCGAGGCCCCGAGUGCCAAGUCGGGCAAGGACAAGGACUGCACGGGCAAAGUCAUGAUUCGCCGGAAGCCGCAUAAGGUGGAGGAUGUUAUUGAGACGAGGAUUGCCGUGGUCGGAAAUGUUGACGCUGGCAAGAGCUCCCUCCUCGGCGUUCUUGUCAAGGGGGACCUCGACGAUGGACGCGGCAAGGCACGAGUGAAUCUCUUCCGGCACAAGCACGAAAUUGAAUCGGGCCGCACUAGUUCUGUUGGCAUGGAGAUAUUAGGUUUCGACACGGCUGGCCAGGUCGUCACCUCGGAUGUCCCCGGACGGAAACUUUCUUGGGAGGAGAUUGGCAAACGCAGCGCCAAAGUCAUCACAUUCUCCGAUCUGGCCGGGCACGAGAGAUACCUCCGCACCACGGUGUUCGGUCUGCUUUCGAGCAGCCCCAACUACUGCCUGCUCAUGGUGGCGGCGAACAACGGACUGAUCGGCAUGAGUAAGGAGCAUCUGGGCCUCGCGUUGGCGCUGAACGUGCCGGUGAUGGUGGUGAUCACGAAAGUGGACAUUUGCCCGCCGCAGAUCCUGGAGCAGACGAUCAGCCAGAUCAAGAAGAUCCUCAAAAGCCCCGGGGCGCGCAAGAUCCCCAUCUUCAUCAAGGACCGGGAGGAGUGCGUCAACACGGCGACGCAGUUCAUCAGCCAGCGGAUCUGCCCCGUGUUCCAGGUGUCCAACGUGACGGGCGAGAACCUGGACCUGGUGCGGACCUUUUUGAACAUCCUGCCGCACCACGGGCGGUACGACUCGGACGCGCCCUUCGAGUUCCACAUCAACGACACCUUCUCGGUGCCGUUCGUGGGCACGGUGGUGUCGGGGAUCGUCAAGUCCGGGGUGGUGCAUGCGGGCGAUACGGUGCUGGUGGGGCCCGACUCGCUGGGCCAGUUCACGACGACGACGAUCCGGUCGAUUGAGCGCAAACGGUUAGGGGUCCCGGCGGCGUCCGCGGGCCAGUCGGCCUCGUUCGCGCUCAAAAAGGUGCGGAGGAAAGACGUCAGGAAGGGGAUGGUGGUGCUUCCCAAGUUGGAGGGCCAGCCUAACCCGCAGGUGCACAGGGAGUUUGUUGCCGAAGUGUUGAUUCUGUCGCACGCGACGACGAUCCGGACCAAGUACCAGGCCAUGUUGCACGUUGGCCCGGUGUCGCAGACGUGUGCCAUCAUUGACGUGGACCGGCCGUAUAUCCGGACGGGAGACCGGGCCACGGUGGCGUUCCGGUUCAUGCAACGGCCCGAGUACCUCGUCCCCGGAGACAGGUUACUUUUCCGCGAGGGACGGACGAAAGGGCUCGGUAUCGUGAAAGCGGUAGGGUACGAUCCCAGCAAACCAUUAUCGCCUCAGGGCGGGACGAACGCCUCGGAGAGGGCGGCCCUUGCCGGCCAGGAGGUGCAAGUCGGGGCUUGAGGACUUGCGAAAUUGGAGUUGUUUUGCUUUUGAGCCUUUCUUUCACUCUUUCCUUUUUUGUUCAUGGGUUAGGAACUUGCAAUGACAACGGGUAUAUGUAUCGAUGCAGUUUUAUUUUAUUCGAGUUGGGUAGUAGAAGCGGAUAGGGAUUACGACGAAGUAGAAUUCUAAUAACUUAGCGGUUCAGUCUAGGACGCGAAGAACCAGCGGGAAUGAUCUUAUUCGGCACCAGCC